GGGGAGACCUGCUGCAGCUCGAUGGAUAACACCCGGCAGCCAUUAUUACGACUAUUAUUGACCGAACAAGAUCUGGUACAUGGUUUGAGUACUUCAACAGCUGAGGAAAACAUAGACGAUGAUGAGGAUGACAUUCCAAUGACCGAUUCCAUGAUAAUUAAUAAGGAGAAAGAAAAGCAAUUAAUAGAUCCUUUAGCACUGCUAAAUCAACUAACACCAGGAAUCGAAUAUGUACACGACGUUAUGAAAAAACCACCUUCAACCAUCAGAGUAAAAGCAACAAUUCAUAGAAUACCUUUUGUUGCACGAGCACAAACAAUAAAAGCUGCAAAAAUCAAAAUAAGCAUAAUGGCACUUUACUAUUUUUACGGCUAUAACCAUAUGCUUGGAGUGACAGAAGGAUGGAGUUCGCCUGGAUCAUUGUAGAAGAUUAGAUGAGUGCAAAAAACAAGAAAAGACAAUUUGUUAAUUAUUAUAAAUAUUUUUUUUUCAGUAGGAACUCGAUUCCUAAGYAAUCAUUCAAUACCUUUAUUUAUACGUACAUGA